AGUGGUGAGCCACGAAUUUUGAAGUUUGAGGGGCGAAAGGGUUGUUACUUGUGAGGUUACGAAUUACGAUCGAUGAAUAACAGAGACAGUGAAACUUCAAACCCUAUCGAUGGCGGAACAAAGAAGCCCAAGGUGGUUGUUAUUACGGGCCCCACCGCCUCCGGCAAGUCCAAGCUCGCCGUCGAUCUCGCUUCACACUUUCCCAUUGAAGUCAUCAACGCCGACUCCAUGCAAGUCUACUGUGGUCUCGACGUCCUCACCAACAAGCUCCCUCUCUCCCAACACAAAGGUCUCCCAUACUCUCUCUUUACAGCUAAAAUGUUUAGGGAUUCUGCUAUUCCGAUCAUAGAUGAAAUACUAGCUCGCAAUCACUUGCCUGUUAUAGUUGGGGGUACAAAUUACUAUAUCCAGGCUCUUGUGAGUCCAUUUCUCCUAGACGAUUUGGCAGAUGAUAUGAACGAAGGCUGUUCUGAUGAUCCAUCUGGUGCCACAUGGUCUGAUACGAGUUUCCCCGCCAAUAAUGACAAUUCAAGUAAUGGUUAUGACCUGCUUAAAGAGAUCGAUCCAGUUGCCGCAAAUAGAAUCCAUCCAAAUAACCAUAGAAAGAUCAAUCAAUAUAUUAAUUUGUAUUCACGUACUGGUGUUGUUCCUAGCAAAGUAUUCCAAGGAAAAGCAGCAGAGAAGUGGGGUCAAGUUGAUAACUUAAGAUAUGAUUGCUGUUUUAUGUGUGUGGAUGCAUCUCUCCCUGUGCUGGACAAAUAUGUUGAGCAGAGGGUAGACUGUAUGUUGGAUGCUGGAUUACUCAAUGAAGUCUAUGAUGUUUACAACGUGAAUGCAGAUUAUACUAGAGGAUUGCGGCAAGCCAUUGGUGUCCGAGAAUUUGAGCCACUUCUUAGAAGUUGCCUUGUUGAAGACAUCUAUAAAAGAGAGAAGGAACUGUUAAACGGUUCCAGAAUAGAAAAGGGUUUGAAAUUGUUUGAUGGUAACCUGAUGGAGUGGUUGAAAUCUUCCUCUGAUACUAAUACCAUAAUUCUUUUAGAAGAAGCAAUAGAAAAAGUGAAGGUUAAUACCCAGAGACUUGUUCGACGACAGAAGAGGAUGCUCAAUAGGCUGCAAACACUAUUUGGUUGGAACAUACAUUUUGUUGAUUCCACAGAGUCAAUAUCAAGCAAAUCAGAGGAUGUAUGGUCUGACCAAGUGGUUGAGUCAGCUACAAAGGUAGUUAGUUCCUUCUUGUGUGAGAAUGGAAGCUUGUCAUCCACUUGUGGCAUGUCAAAUGACACCAACGUGAAAAUUAAUCAAAGGGACCUCUGGACUCAAUACAUAUGCAAGGCCUGUGGAGACAGGGUGCUAAGAGGAUUACAUGAAUGGGAACAACACAAAAAGGGUCGUGGCCACAGGAAACGUAUUUCUAGUCUCAAGAGCAAGGCACAAAAGUCUUGGUACCUUGGACAAAAUGUUUGAUUACUAUGAAUGCAAAUAGUUUUAUGUAUUGUAAUUUGCAACCUGCUCCAGUUUUGAAACAUAUUCACAGUAAUAUUGCCACUGAAUGACUAAUAGUAUUUCAGUAUAUUUCUUUUUGUUUCAUUUGUCAAGACCAUCAUAAAAAUCCAAAAGAAAAUACACGUAAGUCUCUCAUUGAUUUCGUUCAUAAUAUCCUACGAAUGAGAUAUUGAGAUGUGUGGUUUUUGUUUACUA